ACAAACUGACGUAUCGCGGUUUUAAACGCAAAAUACAAGAAACGCCAUAUUUUUCGAUCCCUACAUUUUGUCACUUUAGAAUAUAACAUCUGGCAGCUCUGCACAUUAAUAAACAAAUAACAAAAACAAUAUUAUUGUCACCUAUUAACUCACUGCACCAGAUUUUAACGAGAUUGACUUUUUGAACAAAUUUCUUGAAUUUUAUUAAUUACGCCGAGUAACUACCUAGAAAAUAAAAAGUGUAAAUUUUAUUAGUAUCAUAUUCGUGCACAAUAGUAUUCGAAUAAGAAACUUGAAACGAUUGUUUUAAAGUCAUCGAAUCUAGUAGCAUGUCGCAAGGCGGAGAUAACCCCGAUCAACCACGGCAACCCCGAAGUUUGCAGGGUCUUCUCAAGUUUGCCAUGGAAGCAACUCAGUCCGAAGACGCUCCCAACCCCUCACACGUGGAGGGGAUGGACCCUGAAAGAAGACAAUUUCUGGAAUCUGCAUUGAAAUCUCUUACGUUAGAUGUAGUACAGGAAAUCGAAAAGGCCAUGAAGAUAUUAACGGAUCCAGAAACGGCAGAGGAUGACAAAGCUGAAGCUUUAGAGAUUAUAGUUGAUUUCGUGCAGGACAUCGAUGCUGCCAAUGAUUUCUUCAAAGUUGGAGGUUUCGUCAUAAUUCAACCCGGUCUUGAUUCACCUAACGCCAAUGUUCGAACAGGAACAUUACGCUUGAUUGCUGAACUGUCCCAGAACAAUCCGACUUGCCAGCAGCAUCUCCUGGAGGCAAACGUCCUUCCGCGUGUAGUGGAGCUGCUUUCAGACGAAGCAGAGGUGGCCGUACAAGCAAUGCAUGCAAUAUCCUGUUUGGUUCGACAUCACGAACCUUGUCUUGCGGCCUACAUCGAAAUGGGCGGACUGGAAUGUUUACUCGGGUGCAUACAAACGGACAAUGAUAAACUUCGAAUAAAAUCUUCUUUCCUGAUGUCCAAUCUGUGCACCGAAUUUGCCGCUGUGAGGGACGAGUUUAUUAAGCUGAAUGCUGUGGAACGGGUCAUAGCUUCGAUUCGUCCUUCUAAGGAAUAUGAACCAAAACUUGAAACUGCUCUGUCAACGUUGAACGUUUUGACGGACAGUUCGGAAGCAGUCAUGCGUUGCCAGGAUGCAGAACUGAAGCUUAAACCUAAGCUGGAAUUGAUUUUAAAGCUGAAUAACGGAAAAGAUGAGUGCUUGGAACAAAUUGAAUAUGCCAGUACACUUCUCAAACGAUGCUUUUCGACAGAAACUGGUGUAACAGAUCGUUAAACGUAUUCAAAUUUUGUACAGUUUUUCGGAAUAAACAGUGUGUUUUCAAUUAAAUACAUAGUA